AUGGAAAAAUCAACACCAUCAGCAGCAGCAAUGGAAAAAUCAACACCAUCAUCAGCAAUGGCAAAACCAACCAGUGUGAGUGUGAAUAUGAAGCUGAUGAUCGACAACAAGUCGAAGAGGGUUUUAUUCGCAGAGGCCAGCAAGGACUGCGUCGACUUCCUCUUCUACAUGCUGUCGCUGCCCCUCGCCAACGUUGUCUCUCUGCUAAAGGACCAAAAAAUUCUGAGGUCUUUGCAGAGGCUCCACGACAGCAUCGUCGACCUCGACGACUCAUAUUUCCAGCUGCCGGAACUCAACCGGGCCGCCCUACUGAAUCCGCCCAUGUCGGAGCGCUACCGCGGCCGGGUUACACUGUUGCCGGAAGAUGCUUUGCCGCCGCCGCCGCCGCCGCUGUCUCAGAGGAACUUCUACAGGUGUUAUAGAUGCACGAGCAUUAGUUAUUUCACAGAUAACCCACAAGAAAAAUGUCCUAAUUGCGGCCGUGUUAUGGCCACUACCAUUUUGUAUAUCAAUAGAAGCGGCGGCGGCGGUUUUGUUGGGUAUGUGAAGGAGGUGGUGAGUUAUAUGGUGAUGGACAAUUUGGCGGUGGAGCCCAUGUCCCCCAUUUCCUGUAUUGCCUUGCUAAACAGGUUUGAUGUAAAAAAUGUGGGUUUCUUGGAAGAAAGGGUCGUUCAACUCGGCAUCAAUGAGGUAAUUGGUGUGUUGAGGGCAACCAUGCAGCAAUCGGAGGCGGUUCUUACAGAGGUCUUCUUGAAGGAUAACAACAAGAAGAAGAGAUCUUGCACUAGAAGUAGCACAGAGACAGUUACAUAUCAAUGGCGGAAUCCUCCUCCUCCUCCUCCUCCUCCUCCCCCUCCCCCCCGGACCCACCUGAACCACAUCGUCUUCGGCAUCGCCGGCUCCGCCAAUCUCUGGGAAACCCGCAAGGAGUACAUCAAGCUAUGGUGGCGCCCCGCCGAGGCCCGCGGCGUGGUCUGGCUCGACACCAACGUCACCGUCUCCGACGAGGACCGCGCCUCCCUGCCGGAGAUCCGAAUCUCCGAGGACACCUCCGACUUUCCCUACAGCCACCCCCAGGGCAGCCGCGCCGCCCUCCGGAUCUCCCGCGUCGUAUCGGAAACCGUACGGCUCGGCCUCUCCGACGUCCGGUGGAUCGUGAUGGGCGACGACGACACCGUAUUGGUCGUGGACAACCUGAUUAGAAUCCUCAACAAAUACGACCACACCCAAUAUUACUACAUCGGCAGCUCCUCCGAGAGCCACAUCCAGAACAUCUUCUUCUCCUACGCCAUGGCCUACGGCGGCGGCGGCUUCGCCAUCAGCUACCCCCUCGCCGUCGAGCUCGAAAAAAUGCAGGACGACUGCAUCCGCCGCUACCCCGGCCUCUACGGCAGCGACGACCGGAUUCAGGCCUGUAUGGCGGAGCUCGGCGUCCCCCUCACCAAGGAGGUCGGAUUCCACCAAUACGACGUGUACGGCAAUCUCCUCGGCCUAUUGGGCGCCCAUCCGGUGGCGCCACUGGUGUCGCUGCACCACCUGGACGUGGUGGAUCCGGUGUUUCCGGGGAUGAGCAGGGUGGAGGCGCUCCGGCGGCUGUUCGAGUCGGCGGAACACGAUUCCGGCAGCAUAGUCCAGCAGUCGAUCUGCUACGACAAGAAAAGGAACUGGUCGAUCACGAUCUCCUGGGGCUACGUCGUACAAAUAAUAAAGGGCGUGAUGUCUCCCCGGGAGCUGGAAAUGCCGACGAGGACGUUCCUCAACUGGUACAAGAGAGCCGACUACACGGCCUACGCCUUCAACACCAGGCCGGUGGCGCGGCAGCCAUGUCAGAAGCCGUACAUGUUCUACCUAAGCUCCAUCAAGUACGACGAGGAGAGCGAUCAAAUCAUGGGGAUCUACACUUUCCACCGCGACAGUUAUCCCUAUUGCCGCUGGAAGGCGGCGCCGCCGGAUCAGAUCAAGUCCGUCAUUGUCAUGAAAAGGCCCGACCCCAACCGCUGGAAGCGAUCGCCGAGACGGGACUGCUGCAGAGUUUUGCCUUCGGGGAAGGAGUCGAUUCUGUUGCUGUCGGUAGAUGAAUGCAAAGACGGCGAGAUAAGUGCAUUGUAG